AUGGCCUUCUCACGUCUACAGAAGUUGGUCGACAAUGCAGCUGCACAGCUCGACGAAGAGCUGCUAGCUGGACUGCCGUUCACGGUCAGAACUCCAUCUCCAAGGCGACUUCUGAAGCUGAUGGUGGAUCACGCUACCGAUCUGAACUUUUCGUUCGAGCUCCACGAGACAAUUCUUCAGCUUGAGAAGAACAGAGCUCUGCACGCCCAGGUCGAGCACCUAACUCUUGAGCUGGAGUUGGAGAGGGGGGCAAAGCUUAGAUUCAAGGAAGCUGCCGAGGGGCACGUGGAGCUUUCGGUAAGUCGACGUGCUGCGCUUAGUAGCGCGUGUGCGCAAGAGAGAAUGCGCGGCGAGCUCCAGGCCAAGCUUGACCUCUCGAUCGAGGCUGCCGCCAUCUCCCAGGCUGCGCAAGAAGUCGCCGCAGGUCACCGACGAGCUUACUUCUGGCAGGGCUUCCUCCGCGGAGACAAGUGGGACAACAAGCUGCAACCGCUUCGGCGGCUUGUUGGAGAACCAAGCUCAGCUGCUUCUGCCACGACCUCUCGGCCUCCCGCGCCACUCUCCGACAAGCUUACACGUGCCGAAGCUUUCCACGAAGCUCGAGCUGCUCAGCUUUGGGAGCUUGUGCGCAAGACCGAUGGCAAAGCUGCGAACUUGCCAGGUCGCUUCAAGGACAACAACAAGGCGGGAAUGGCAUAUCGGCUAGCUGCACCUGCCGAGCUCAAGGCAGAGCAUCCUUCCAAGGUCUACUUCGACCGGUCUUGGUCUCACGCUGUAAGUUUCUCCCCUACAUAA